AUGAGCAAUGAUGUUGCAAGACUAGAGCAAAAUAGCAAGUAUAAAGAAGUUGUAGAAGUGUUUCAACUUCGGUUAACGAGUUUUUAUUUACAGAGUGCUGUUGAAGUGCAGUAUCAUCAAGCUACAAAUUAUUUCUCCGGCAAAAAUGGUGUAGCAAGCUUCGGCUUCAAUAAACAAAGGAAACAACAAAACCGAAAAGCGGAGUUAGCUCAGGGUACCGACAUCUUGUUUUUAGAGGGGGAGGAGGAUAGGAGGCAGGGUAAAGUUUUAUCCGAUGCUCUGAAUUGUCCAAACUGCUUAGAAGUGGAGGAGAAGCAGAUGGAUGAAGCGAACCUAGCACUUAGGGGUACAAAUACAUCGUGA